AUUUUAAGCACUUUGGACCAGCUCAUGUUUUUAGAUCACUAAUUGAAGAUCUCAAAGAUCUUGAGGAGAAUGGUGUUGUGGUGAAUGAUGGCAAAACUUUGAAAGCUUCUUUGUGUUCCAUCGUAGGUGACAACCUGGGAUCCCACAUGAUUGGUGGUUUUGUCGAGAAUUUUAGCCGAAGCCUACAUUUCUGCAGGUAUGUCCAACUUAGAGGAAAUAAAACUUGCCUUCUCCUCUUCGUUACCUGGUCUCUCUGAUGAAACGCUUAAAAAAUUUAUCCAUGGACUUUCUGCUAUUGGUGUUGAGACAAAAGAUGACCUCCAGUAUGUCAAAGAAGAAGACCUCAUGGAGUUCCUCAGGCCUAUACAAUGUCGCAAACUACUGAAUGAAUGGAAAAAUGAAGAACAAUCCAGCUGCACAACUCCCCAACGCUCAUUGCGUCAUGUUCUUUUGGAUAUAUCAAGCCCAGGAUCAGAGAGUUCAAGUUCUACAGCAUCUAGUUCUACUGCUUGCUUUUCAGCAUCUUGCGCCUGGGCUGAAAUAUUUAAGGUGCCUUGGGAAGUCAUGUCUUCCGAAAUUAAACUGGCCAUUGCAAAUAAAAAAAGACCAUCACCAGCUGAUCGAAGGAAGCUAGUAAGAAUGUUAGUGGAUAACAUGCAAAAACAUGAAGUAAACCCAUCAAAGGCACAGUGUCAGAUUGUAGUGCAGAAUAUUGUUAAGCAGUACCCGGACAGCUUUGCUGAUGUUCUGUCUGAUGGAACAAAAAUAGGUAGUGGGUAUGCCUCUUUGCUCUUGCAAGUUAAAACCUGUGUUGAACAUGUAAACAGAAACAACACUUUAGCUCGUCGGAGAAAAGAACGAUUACGAUCAUCGUGUAGAACCAUAAGCCAGAGCUCAAGAAGGCUGGCUGAUCAAUAUGGUUGUGUCAGUUGGCAGCCUGAGGAGUUUCCUGCGGGAGAAAAUGAUGACACUCUAGAAGAGAAGCACAAGCAAAUGGUGCUGUUUCAUUCUACUGAAGGAAUGUCUGGAGCCAAUAGAGGAGAACUUCACAAGUUGAUGGAGGUCACAUAUUACAGUCAGCGCCGUGAUAAAAAUGCCACUCCACCACUGUCUGAACUAAAGAACUCAUGGCCUUACCUGUUUUGUCUGAAGGGAAUCUUUUUACAUUUCCAAUUGCUUACUGACAUCUCACUGCUACAAAAAAUCAUGGAGAGCAUUCAAGAGAAAGGAAAGAGGAUUCUAAGAUUUUUUCAAGAAAAGCCAUCAAACAAAGAGGUGUGUGCUGUUCUGUCAAAGUAUCAAGAGGGAAAUUCUCUGGUCCUGUGCAUCUUGAAACUCUUAAUGGCCCAUUUCAAAGAGAGGACAGAAUCACUUCUAAUUGAAGCUGAUGCAGCAGCAACCGCAGCCGACAUGGAAAGAGAGGGAUUACCGGAUUCACCUGCACUGAUCAUCCAAGGUUUGUUGCUUUACUUUGUCUCCAUCAUAUACACUAUUAUUUGCUUUCUAGCUCUUGUACCUCUUUGACCUGUACUGUUUUU